UCAGGCGGGUCUUCAGCUUGUAGAUCACCAGCCAUGGAACUCCCACUGCCACCAGAGAGACUUUUAAGGCAUUCUGUGUAGUUGCAGUCUCACAGAUACGGGACAGUGUGGUGAUUUCGGGACAGUGUGGAGCGCUCUGGCUGCUGUGGGCGGCAAUCUUUAGGCGCGCUUUACAAUACGGAGAUGGUGAAGGCAGUUCUCCAGUACCAGGAGAUGCACACCCCGCCAUGUGCGGCAGUGAGAAGGGGGCGGCAGCUCUGAUCCUCCCUCACGUCCAGCUCCUAUCACAGGCCGCCGUCCUUCACAAGUGACGUCAGAGCCAUAGGCGGUGAGAUUUCCGAACCCACACCGGCUCCUGGGUAACAUGGCGGCGGUGGGUAGAAGCGGAGACGGAUGGCAAAACGCGCUGAGUGAACACUCGCUUUUCACGCAGCUGCGGCCACAGGCUGCUAUCAGGAAUGCGGCACAGCUGAAGAACCUACUGUGCUAUGUGGACGGUGACCUGCUGGUCUGGAACCAGGAGGACUGCGCCUUUCACACCAUCAGACUCCGCAGCCUGAACGCGGGCAGCCCUGGCUGUGAGCAGAAGCUGCUCUGUAUCAACGCCCCGUUGUUUGAUGUGACUGAGGUCCUGCUGAACCCUACGCAGGAGCAUAUUGCUUUGAUUGGUAACAAAGGCUUGAUGGUCCUGGAUGUCCCUAAGCGCUGGGGCAAAAACUCUGAGUUUGAAGGAGGUGAAAAGACUGUGAAUUGCAGAACUAUCCCAAUUGCUGAGAGAAUUUUCACUAGCUCCACUUCCCUGAUUCUGAAGCAUGCGGCAUGGUACCCUAGUGAGACACAAGAACCUCGUCUGAUUUUACUAACAUCUGAUAAUACCAUAAGAAUAUACAAGCUUCAUGAUCAUUUCUCUCCGGAAAAAGUUAUCCCACUGUCCAAUGCAGAUGAGGAGACAUCAGUUCAACCUCAGAAUAGGCGCUCUUACAAAGCUUCCCUUGGUGAGAUUGCUGUUGCAUUUGAUUUUGGCCCAUUAACUUCUGUAUCGAGGGGUGUCGGUCUGUACAGUAAACAAAACGCUGCAUAUCCUCUGUACAUACUUUAUGAGAAUGGAGAGACCUUCCUUAUAUACAUUGAUUUACAAGGGAGCAGCCAUGUUGGCAGGCUGCUAGGCCCUCUUCCUAUGCACCCUGCUGCAGAGGAUAACUAUGGAUAUGAUGCUUGCUCAGUGCUUUGCUUGUCCUGUGUCCCAAACAUCCUUGUAAUUGCAACCGAAUCUGGACUCCUAUAUCACUGUGUGGUAUUGGAAGGAGAAGAUGAUGAUGAACAGACCUCUGACAAGUCUUGGAACACCAGCUCUGACCUGAUCCCGUCCCUCUAUGUUUUUGAGUGUGUUGAGCUUGAACUAGCUCUAAAACUGUCCACAGAGGAAGAGGAAGAAUCCAUUGAGACGGACUUCUCAUGUCCCAUUAAGCUACACAGAGACUCGGUGUGUCAAUCAAGAUAUCAUUGCACUCAUGUGGCUGGCAUUCACAGUGUAGGCCUGACCUGGUUCAGCAGGCUGGAAAAGUUUCUUAGUGCAGGUGAAGAGGAUAAAGACAGUCUGCAAGAAUUGGCUGCAGAGCAGAAAUGCCUUGUAGAGCAUAUUUUAUGUACUAAGCCCCUACCUUGCAGGCUUCCCGCACCCAUUCAAGGAUUUUGGAUUGUUUCAGACCUUUCACUUGGGACCACUAUGAUAUGCCUUACUAGUGGCUAUGAAUGCAUUACAAGACAAUUACUAACGACUAUCCGGCCACCAUCUCCACCACUUCUUUGCUCCCAGGUUGAUGGCCACAUUACAGAGCCUGUCCCACAUGUCUUGGAAGAUGUAAAAGGCCCUUUUGAAAGUCACAUAAGGAAUAUUCUUAUUCGGACCUCUGCAAAUCCUUUGCUUCUAAAUUCAUCUAGUAAAGAUUCUUCUCCUCCACCCGAGGAAUGUCUUCAGCUGUUAAGUCGAGCAACCCAAGUUUUCCGUGAAGAGUACAUCUUGAAGCAGGAUAUGGCCAGAGAGGAGAUUCAAAGAAGAGUAAAAUUGCUGGUUGCUCAAAAAGAAAAGCAGCUAAAAGACCUGCGAUACUGUAAUGAAGAAAGAAAAAGCCUCCACGAAAUGGCUGAACGUCUUGCUGAGAAAUAUGAGGAGGCAAAAGAGAAACAAGAUGAUCUCAUGAGCAGGUUAAAGGCUGUGCUGCACAGCUUCAAUGCUAGACAUCCUGUUUUGACAGACAGUGAACGAGAUAUGAAGAAAGAGCUACUUACAAUGCAUGAACAAAUACAUCAUCUGGAUAAUGCAAUAAAACAGGUCAAAUUGAAAAUGGAUUAUCAAGAGCGUAAAAUGGAAAAAGUAAAAAGUCCAAGAAAAUCCAAUCUGACUCUCAGUGACUACCAGCGGAAGAAUAUCCUUGCUGUGUUGAAAGAACAGUCUGAACAUAUUCAAAAAAUGGUGAAACACAUAAACGAUGUCCGAAGUCACGUGAGCUUUUAACGCCAAAAUGUCCAUACACCAUAUUUAAACCUAAAGCGUACCUUUAUUCAAAGAGUGGAAGUAGGAGAAUAUAUGGACUGCAAUGUUGUGGAUUUCUGGAUUCCAUUAUUGUACAUACCAUGCUUAAAUUUAUUGAAUUGUCUCCAUUUUAACACAUCUGUUUCUGGUGACAGGACUUUGUACAAAAAAAAAGUUGCUAUGUAUUUUUUUUUUUCCCCAAGCUUUUCUAAUACAGAACUUUAAACAUUUUUUGGCUAAACUAAACAAUAAUGUGUCUAUUUCAUACGUUUUACCGUGUGCGCAGUGCAGACCUAUUCUACUAAGGUCCUGUCUGUACAGUUUAUGUUCUGUUACACUACUACUAUAAGCAAUUGUUACAAUUAGGUCUUGUGCUAAUAUUGUAUGAAACUUUUAAAGUGCGCAUUUCAUCAUUUUUAAUUAUUUAUAGUGUCUGCAAAAUGGGAGCAUAGCCUUUGUCUGCAUUUACACACUCUAAUAUGGAUACAACCCUUGCCCGAACAUGGGUCAUAUUAGAUCUCUUUGUUGCUUUAGGGCCAUUAGAGCCGUGCUUUGGCCUGACAGGUUUUGGCUAAAAAUGCUAACCAAAAUACUGUGUGUGAACCCAGCCUAAAUGUAUUUUACAUCAUUCAAGGAAAAAGUAACAACCUUGAUGGAAGUGGACUUACCACUACUCCCUAUUAGUAUGAUUUACCACUACUCCCUAUUAGUAUGAUUUACCACUACUCCCUAUUAGUAUGAUUUACCACUACUCCCUAUUAGUUCAACCGCUAUCAUCACAAUCUAGUGGAGUGCUUUUUAAACAGUGUGUCUCCAGCUGUUGUGAAACUACAUCUCCCAGCAUGCCCAGACAAUAGCAUUGCUGCUGACACUUAUGGUAAUUUUGAUGUAUUAAAGUAGUUGGGAAGCAUCAUUGCGAAUCUGUCCUCCACUAAAUUGCCAUGAUUGAUAAAAAAAAUUUGCAAGCUUUAAGCUAGGUUCAUACUGUGUUUUAGCAGCCAGUCAGAAGUAUCCAUCUGUAUACUGUAACGGGAUGCCGAUGUCUACCGGAUGCUAAUAGAGAGCAGCAGAGGGGACACCAUUCAUUUCAGUGGCCUGAACAGAGUCACCUAGUGACCCCAUUUGGGACGUAUACAAUAUUUUAAGUGAACUGAAAAGCAUCAUCUUCUGCAUUGUUCAGUCUGCUUAAACUAGCGCAUAUGUCCUGGAGUCACUAGGG